AACCCGCAGAGACAGAGCCCAUAGCGGGGCGCAGCGCUGGAUCCCGGGAUAGCGCUACCGGAGCGCACAGGGGGGGACCCAUUGGCACAGCGGGCAGACACCUGUCCCAGGGGCGCAGUGACACCGGCUGGGGACCCCUAUCCCGGCGGCUCCGAGUGACUCCCCGGGCGCUGUAGCUCCCACUGGCUGGGGGUGAGGAGGUGUCGGGCGGCGGAUGGAGCUGCCCUGAUCGGCAGCCCAGGGAGCCCCAGCCGCCCCAUGCAGUUGCCCCGGGUUGUGCUGCUGCUCUGCGGCGCUGCGCUGCUCCUGAGCGGGGCGGUGCGGGGUUGCGGGCCGGGAAGGGUGGUCGGCAGGAGGCGCAGACCCACCAAGCUCAGCCCGCUCUCCUACAAGCAGUUCAGCCCGAAUGUGCCCGAGAAAACCCUGGGGGCCAGCGGCAGGUACGAGGGGAAGAUUUCCCGCAACUCCGAGCGCUUCAAGGAACUCACCCCCAACUACAACCCGGACAUUAUAUUCAAGGACGAGGAGAAUACGGGGGCGGACCGGCUCAUGACCCAGCGCUGCAAAGACCGUCUGAAUUCCCUGGCCAUUUCUGUCAUGAACCAGUGGCCCGGGGUGAAACUGAGAGUGACGGAAGGCUGGGACGAGGAUGGCCACCAUUCGGAAGAGUCCUUGCACUACGAGGGCCGCGCCGUCGACAUCACCACGUCGGACCGGGAUCGCAAUAAAUACGGGAUGCUGGCAAGGCUGGCAGUGGAAGCUGGAUUCGACUGGGUCUAUUAUGAGUCCAAAGCCCAUAUCCAUUGCUCAGUGAAGUCAGAACAUUCCGCCGCGGCCAAGACCGGAGGCUGUUUCCCCGGAGGAGCACUGGCCACACUGGAGUCUGGUGAGAAGAUACCAGUUUCCCAGCUUCGCCCGGGUCUACGCGUCCUGGCCAUGGACGACAGUGGGAGGCCGACAUUCAGUGACUUUUUGAGCUUUCUGGAUCACCAUCCCAAAGAAGAGCACGUGUUCCAGGUGAUAAAGACUCAGGACCCCCACCGACAGUUGUUCUUGACACCGGCCCACCUGAUCUUUGUGUCGGACAAUUAUUCCACACCGGCUUAUGAUUUCCAGGCCGUAUUUGCCAGCAGCGUAAGGCCAGGGCAAUAUAUUCUGGUAUCAAGUGUGGUGGGGCUGAUACCCGCUAAAAUCAUGUCGGUGAGUGCCCAGACAGACUACGGGGCUUAUGCUCCUCUAACUCAGCACGGGACACUGGUGGUAGAUGAUGUGGUCGUGUCCUGCUUUGCCCUGGUACAGAAACAGAGGUUGGCCCAAAUGGUUUAUUGGCCUCUCCGGGUACUCUACAAUUUAGGGAUAAUGGCAGGAACGGAACCAUCUCAGCAGAUGGGCAUUCACUGGUAUAGCAAAGCUCUGUAUCACUUGGGCAGGCUCAUACUUCAUGGGAAUGAGUUCCAUCCUUUGGCAGUCGUCCAACUGGAGAGCUGAGCCCAACAUUGACAGGAGAACCUUAGAACCUUAACCUUGGACAUAUGAACUCCUUCCUCGUUUGUAGUCGAUUGACUUUGAUAGGUUUAUAGAAAGGAUAGCUGCUGACUUGGUCCUAUGGACCUUCUAUUAGAACUGACGAAACUCCUUCCUCGAACCAACGUGGCGGUCUCUUUCUCCAGAGGAAUUGGCUUCAGAGUAGGCCGGACCUUUUAUGUAACAAACACAUUGUGAAGGGUUAAUCAAGGAUGUCUUCUCACAUUCAGUGAUCUGAAGCACCGCCUCAACCAAAUGGUACAAGAGGAGCACGACAUUCUAGAAGUGUUGUGUGACCACCACAAGGACCAUGAUUACCUUCAUCUCAACUGCUCUCCAGGAGCAGUCUAGAACCACCCAGGACACAUCAUUGUCUCCACACAAAUAAGAUUGUCAUUGUGGGCAUUACCCAACCACCACGUGGAAUGGGCUAUCACCAGCUGUGACCAUGACGGUCCCUUGAGAAGAUCUCUCUUUAUCUCCCACAAUGGUCUGCUGGGUGUAGGUUGCAAGGGUACUGACCAAAGCAGACACAUCCCGUUCCGUUCAAACAUUGUCAUUCUUAUUAUGUUAUUUUAUUUAAUAUUUUCCAUAAAUAUGCUUUCAUUAGUUUGCUGCUAACUCUUAAUACUCACGCAAGUGUCUCUUUUCAGAGGAGCAGUAGAUCAAUUCAACGAUACUCUUGUUGUUUGUAUAGGAAGGGGUGGUUCCCUUCAUAGAAAGAUGGGGGUCUGGCUGUCCCAGAAGCAGGUACAGUAAAGCCUACAGCUGCUAGACAACCUCAUGAGGGACAACCCUAAGAGAGACCUGUCUGAGGAAACAUUCUGAGGUCUGAGGUCAUUCUGAGGUCUAGUAACCCAUAGCAACCAAUUCAUUAUUUCAUAAUACUAACUACAGGCGACCAGUAAAACAUGAAAUGCUGAUUGGUUGCUCAGGGAUACAUGUCCAGCACUGAUAUUGCCCCCUCCAAAGUCAAAAGGUUCUGCAGGAGCUGAGGUUCCAUCCUGAGGUUCUAUCUCUGUUCAUGAAUGGCAGAUAAAUGCUGUAUAAUUAAAUUAUUAUUAUUAUUAUUACUGGAAUGUUGAUGGCAUAGCAUCAGAACCGUUUGCACCCCUUUGGUACCUGGUCCAAAAAAACUUACUAUAGAGGGCAGUAGAGGGUCACGUGAGCCUGAGCGUACCCAAUUGGUUGGUACUGGUAAAUGGAUUCUAACCAGUAUGGCUCUUGGGUAUAUAUAAUAUAGAAUUUAUACCAGAGAGGGGCCCACUAGGAGGUUCCCUGGUACCCCGACAGGCCAAUCCUGGGACCAGCAGUGCUUUAUGGCAGAAUGUUCCAAGCAGAACAUUAUUUCCAGCAGGAACAAUAUAAUAGUUGGAUGAAGCCCACUGCCCCCUAGUGGCUGCCCUUGGUCAUUGCACGCUUAAUUUCAUAGUGCAACAAAUGCCCCUCUCGAGAGGUACCACCCAACUGAAUUAUGAAGUGUUUGUAGGUAUUAGUUACCCCCCUAGAACAGGGGAGUCCCAUUUCUCACCCCCCCCAGCACCCUCAGAUUUUAUUAAUAAUGAAUGGCGGCUGGCUAUUUAGUAGGAAUGACUGCUCCUCGCUCCCUUGUGCCGAGGGGCCGGAGGCAGAAAUGAUGGAGAAACUGAGUAUUGUGGGCACUUGAUGGUGUAAAAUGGGGGGCAGUCAGGGGUUAGGAUGGCACUGUGGCGACGAGAGGGUGUAGUUCUGCCGGCCCACCUAUUUAUUUUAUCCUGCUAAUAUGUACAAUAGAUGUAUAAAAUGUUUCUUGUUGAUAUAUAAUAUAUAAAUAUAUAAAGCAAA